AUGAAUUCCACCAAUCCUGAUAAUAAUAAUAAUUAUAAUAACAAUAAGGAUAGUAAGGAUAUUGUCCCCAUUACCAAUGUUCAGCUAGAUACCGUCUAUACCAAGGCAAAGUCUUAUAUUCCUCAGAUUGAACAAGUUUAUCAAGGUACAAAUCCAAAUAUUCAAGAGGCGAAAUUAUUAGGGGAGCUAUUACAAGUUUUAGCAGAAGUUCCCAAGGGCACACAUUUAUUUUGUGACCCCAUUCUUGAACCAAUAUCAAUUUUUUCCCUAACCAUUUUCUCAUUCAAUGAAGAGGCUACGGCCACAUGGCUGAAGAGUCAUUUUAAUCCGAUUCUUUCUGUUUGUGAUAAAUGCAUUCUAAAUUUCGCAAGAGGGAAGUGCAAAAUGUUGCAACAUUUUGCCAUUCAAAGACAUGUUCCGCAUGAACAUGUAGCCAAAUUCAAUGAUAUCGUAUGCCAGUGGAGAGUGGAGGCCAUUUUCCCCAUUCUUAGAAAUAUUUCUGUUAAUGAUAAUACGGACAUUAAUAUUACAAAGGAAAUUGAAAUUGCGAUGUACGAAUGCCUCUGCAAUCCGCACAUGCUAAGACUUAACAAGCAACUCAAGGCUACCUUUGAAGCAAUUUUCAAAUUUUUUUACAAUACAAAGCAUCGUUUGCUGGACGUUACGAACCCUUCAAGCAUAAAAACUUUUAUAUCUGGUGUCAUAUUUUGCUGGUGUGAAGGUUCAAAAGAGGAAAAUGAGUGGUCACGAGCCUUUUUAAUGGAUUUGUACUCAAGAGACUUCCAUAUAAGUCUUUCUAACCUGACACCGGACAUCGUAGAGGAAGUCUAUAUCCAUAUCCUAUUCUUACAAAACCCGGCAAACUGGACGGAGAUUGUCGUAUCUCAAUUCUGGUCAAGAUUACUACCGGUUUUCAAUUUGUUUGACAAAGACGUCUUCAUAGAGUACUUUCAGGUGCCAAAAAAUGUGGAAUCCUUGAAAAAGACAUUCAAAUUUCCAUUGGAGCCAGUUUUUAAAAUGUGGUACAACCACCUAAGCAAAUCAUAUCAUGACAAACCUCUAGACUUUUUGUUAAGGGGACUAACAAUGUUCUUAAAUAAAUUCGGCUCCGAAUUUUGGUCCAAAAUUGAACCCUUCACAUUCCAUAGCAUUUUGGAUAUAAUUUUCAAUAGAGAUUCAUUCCCAACCAAACUAAUCAAAAUUCAAGACAAUUCGAUUGUCGAGCAUCAAACAGAGGUUUACUUUCAACUUACUGGUUCUGUAACUGAUUUACUUUCUUGGACCUUACCAUUUUAUCAUGCACUAUCACCAUCCAAAAGGAUCCAAAUGGUUAGAAAGGUUUCAAUGGCAUUCUUACGCAUAAUAGCGAAUUAUCCAUCCUUAAAAUCCAUUCCGAAAGCUUGCUUAAUGAAUUCAGCAACUGCAUUGCUGAGAGCGGUAUUAACUAUUAAGGAAAAUGAAAGGGCAAUGCUUUAUAAGAAUGAUGAAUUUGAAACAGUGUUAUUGACCAAAACUGAUUCUAGAGCUUUGCUAAACAAUCCUUUGAUUCAAGACAUAAUAAUUAGAUCAGCUUCAAAUCCCAACAACUUUUAUCCUGGUUUAGGCUCUGCUUCUGCAUCGGUGGCCACCUCCACAAUGAUGGUAUUGGCAGAAUGUAUUGAUUUUGAUAUAUUGCUGCUAUGUCAUCGAACGUUUAAGCUUUAUUCAGGUAAACCAAUUAGCGAAAUUCCAAUCUCAACUAAUGUCUUGGAAAAUGUUACCAACAAAAUUGACCUGAGAUCUUUUCAUGACGGUCCAUUGCUGGCCAAGCAGUUGCUAGUAUCUUUAAAGAAUAUUAAUGGUCUUUUGAUAGUACCGUCAAAUACCGCAGUAGCUAAAGCACACAACGCAUUGAAUCAGAAGUUCCUGCUGUUAUCAACAAGAUUAAUGGAAAAAUUUGCAGAUAUUUUGCCCGGUCAACUAUCUAAGAUCCUUGCGGAUGAAGAUGCAUCGCAGGGAUUUUGGUCCUGUAUAUUUUCUUCUGAUAAACACUUGUAUCAAGCGGCUACUAAUAUUUUAUACAAUACUUUUGAUGUUGAGGGAAGAUUGGAAGGUAUCUUAGCAAUCCUGAAUAAUAAUUUGACUGUUAAUUUGAAGAAUAUAAACGUUAUGCUACAAAGGUUAAUUAAUUGUGAAUUCUAUGAACCUUGUCCACGUGCUGUUCGUGUUUUGAUGGACGUAGUAAGUGCAUUUGUGGACCCGAUUUCCGGUGUGUUUGCUAACUUCCAAACUUUGAAGAGCCAAAAUACCGAAGAGGAAUUUUUAAAAUUUUGGGAAUCAUCCUGGUUAUUCUUGGAUACAAUUUAUAAGUUUACUUUGAAGUGGGCUUCCAAAUAUGAUUAUUCUGAACUAGAAAAUUUUACAAAAGAUACUUUAGACUUAAGUCGCUCUUUGGUGGACUCCUUUAGAGAAUUUUCAGAUAUUCUUCAUGACCAAGCCAAAAAUUUACUUCUCAACGUUUUAGAAACCUUCAAGAAUAUGUUGUAUUGGCUGAGAUUAAGUGAUGAAGUACUUUUGGAAUCAUGUGUUAGAUUAAUUAUAAGCACGUCUGAUUUAGCACAUGAAAAACAUGUGAAAGUUGAUGAUUCGCUGGUAGAGAUGAUGGCUAAAUACGCUUCGAAAGCAAAGAGAUUUUCGAAUAAGUUGACGGACCAACAAGCGAGUGAAAUUCUGCAAAAGGCUAAGAUAUUUAAUAAAGCACUAACGGAACAGGUUGCCACAGAUGCAGAAAACUACAGAAAGGAAAAGGAAUUAUCAAGGCUUGGAAAGGUAAUAGACUUGACGGAUUCUGCACCGGCGUCACCAUCCCUCUCGCCUUCUCUAUCUUCGACCGUUGGUAGUUCUUCUGCUGAAUCGAGGGCAGACUAUUUGCAAAGGAAAGCCUUAUCUUCUUCAAUAACUGGGAGACCUAGAGUAGCUCAGCCUAAGAUAACAUCUUUUGGAACGUUUCAACCAUCGGCCAGUGCCAAGUUGCAGCGUACAAAACCUGUUAAGCCUUUAUCCAAAAUGGAAUUAGCUAGAAUGCAAUUAUUAAACAACAGGGUUGUUCAUCCACCUAGCGCGCCAGCUUUCCAUACCAAGAGCAGGGGUUUGGUUAAUAGAAAUGAAGAUAGCAGUAGCGAGGAGAGCGACAACGAUAUAGAAAGCGCCCGGGAACUUUUUGCUAUUGCUAAGGCAAAGGGCAAAGGAAUACAAACUGUCGAUAUCAAUGGCAAGGUUGUAAAGAAACAAACUGCGGCAGAAUUGGCUAAACAGGAGUUAGAGUAUAUGAGGAAGAGAUUAAAUGUUGAUAUGAAUCCUCUAUACGAAACUAUAUUACAAUGGGAUUAUACUAGAAAUAGUGAAUAUCCUGAUGACGAGCCUAUUGGUAAUUAUUCCGACGUCAAGGAUUUUUUCAACUCUCCUGCAGACUACCAAAAAGUCAUGAGGCCUCUGCUACUUCUAGAAUCUUGGCAAGGCUUAUGCUCUUCACGUGAUAGGGAGGAUUAUAAACCUUUCAGUAUCGUUGUAGGAAAUCGAACUGCUGUGUCUGAUUUCUAUGAUGUUUAUGCCUCUGUAUCCAAACAAGUCUUGCAGGAUUGUGGUAUUUCUGAAUCCGACUUAAUUGUAAUGGCAUAUUUGUCCGAUUUUCGACCAGACAAAAGGUUGUCCAGUGAUGAUUUCAAAAAAGCGCCACAUACAUGCCUGGCAAAGGUGAGAACAUUGAAAAAUACCAAAGGUGGCAAUGUUGAUGUCACAUUACGAAUUCAUAGAAAUCACUCUUUCAGUAAAUUUUUGACACUAAGAUCAGAGAUAUAUUGUGUGAAAGUUAUGCAAAUGACGACUAUCGAAAGAGAGUACUCGACACUAGAAGGAUUGGAAUACUAUGACUUAGUUGGGCAAAUUUUACAGGCUAAACCAUCGCCUCCAGUAAAUGUGGAUGCAAGGGAAAUUGAGACAGUCAAGAAAAGCUAUAAGCUUAAUACAUCACAGGCUGGGGCUAUCGUUAAUUCGGUAUCUAAGGAAGGCUUUUCUUUGAUCCAGGGUCCACCUGGUACGGGUAAAACAAAGACUAUACUGGGCAUUAUUGGUUACUUUCUAUCCACAAAGAAUACCUCGCCAUCGAAUGUUAUCAAGGUGCCACUGGAAAAGAACUCAUCGAGCACUGAACAACUGCUAAAAAAGCAAAAAAUUUUAAUUUGUGCACCUAGUAAUGCGGCUGUAGAUGAAAUCUGCCUUAGACUGAAAAGUGGAGUGUAUGAUAAGCAGGGACAUCAGUUCAAACCUCAAUUGGUUCGUGUAGGUAGAUCAGACGUUGUGAACGUUGCAAUCAAGGAUCUUACUUUGGAAGAACUUGUGGAUAAAAGGAUAGGUGAAAGGAAUUACGAAAUCAGAACUAAUCCAGAAUUAGAACGUAAAUUUAGUAAUGCCGUCUCUAAAAGAAGGGAAUUAAGAGGGAAAUUAGACUCCGAGAGCGGUAAUCCAGAAAGUCCAAUGUCAACCGAGGAUAUCAGCAAAUUGCAACUCAAGAUUAGGGAGCUGAGUAAAAUAAUUAACGAACUUGGUCGUGAUAGGGACGAAAUGCGUGAGAAAAACUCUGUCAAUUAUAGAAACAGAGACCUGGAUAGAAGGAAUGCGCAAGCCCAUAUCUUGGCGGUUAGUGACAUCAUAUGUUCUACAUUGUCUGGUUCAGCCCAUGAUGUACUGGCAACAAUGGGCAUUAAAUUUGAUACGGUCAUUAUAGAUGAGGCAUGCCAAUGUACCGAACUUUCUUCAAUUAUUCCCCUCAGGUAUGGAGGGAAGCGUUGUAUCUUGGUUGGUGAUCCGAAUCAACUACCACCAACUGUUUUGUCAGGUGCUGCAAGCAAUUUUAAAUACAAUCAGUCGCUGUUCGUUAGAAUGGAGAAAAAUAGCUCUCCAUACUUGUUGGAUGUUCAAUAUCGUAUGCAUCCUUCCAUCAGUAAAUUCCCCUCUUCGGAAUUUUAUCAGGGACGACUAAAAGAUGGUCCCGGUAUGGAUAUUUUGAACAAAAGACCUUGGCACCAGCUUAAUCCAUUAGCUCCCUACAAGUUUUUUGAUAUUAUAAGUGGUAGACAAGAGCAAAACGCUAAGACUAUGUCUUAUACAAAUAUGGAAGAAAUACGUGUUGCUAUUGAGUUAGUUGACUUCCUGUUCAGAAAGUUUGAUAAUAAAAUUGACUUUACGGGAAAAAUUGGUAUAAUUUCACCUUAUAGAGAACAAAUGCAAAAAAUGCGUAGAGAGUUUGCCCGCUAUUUUGGAGGCAUGAUCAACAAAUCAAUUGAUUUCAAUACAAUCGAUGGUUUCCAAGGUCAAGAAAAAGAAAUCAUCUUGAUAUCGUGUGUUCGUGCCGAUGAUACGAAAUCUAGUGUCGGUUUCCUAAAGGACUUUCGUCGUAUGAAUGUGGCUCUGACUAGAGCAAAGACAAGUAUUUGGGUUUUGGGACAUCAAAGAUCUCUUUCAAAGAGCAAGUUAUGGAGAGAUUUAAUUGAAGAUGCGAAAGAUAGGAAUUGUCUUGAAUAUGCUUGCUCCGGCUUCCUGGAUCCCAAAAAUAACAGAGCCCAAAGUAUUUUAAGGAAGUACAAUGUAUCUGUACCAUCGGAGCAAGAGGAUGAUUAUAAGUUGCCUAUGGAAUAUAUAACACAAGCUUCCGACGAUAGGAAAUCUGAUAAGGACUCGAAGAAGAGAAGGGUUGUCGAUGAGGAUGAAAAGACAGAUAAAGCUGUAAAAAAGAAGAAGAAAGAAAAGAAGAAAGAAAAGAACAAAGAGAAAAAAAAGCCCAAGGCAAAUGAUAAAAAGAGAAAAGAUAAGGAGGGAGAAUCUCCCAGCACCUCAUCUGGUACAAAGAAAAAGUCUUCCAUUUUUGGUGGAAUGAAUGUAACCGAUGCCGUAGUUCCUAAAACUUUUCCUGAUGUGGAAGGCAAAAAGAAGGCUGCUGCAAUUGUUGGUAAAAAGAAAAAUAAUAAACACGUUUGUUUUUCUGAUGAUGUUAGUAUCAUACCAAGGUGUGAGGAGCCUGAAAUUAAAGUAACCAGAAGUUUAUCUUCUGUAUUAAAGGAAAAGCAGUUAGGUUUAAAGGAGACGAGACCAUUUUCUCCACCUGAAAUCAGUACUAAUGAGGAUGACGAUGACGAAGAUGAUUAUACACCGUCGAUCUCCAGUUCUUCAUUAAUGAAAACUGAAGCGAACGGUCGCAACAACAGAGUGGUUUCCAAUCAGCAAAAUUUUAGCGCGAGUAUAUACGAUGAUCCGCAAGUUCCGCAACCUGAGCAGACGCACCUACCUGCAACUAUUACAAAGCACAGAAAUGCAAAUAGUGUCAUAUCUGGCGGUUCUUCGAGGAUCCUAAGUGCUUCCGAUUACGGUGAACCCGAUCAAAGCGGACAGAACGGAACAAAUAGGUCCCACUCUCAACAUGUGGGUAAUGAGAAUCAAUACUCAACAGCUCCCAUGGGACCAGAUGGUCUACAUGGAUAUAUGCCGACACAUCCGCGAGAGAGUUAUCCUGCUGAGCCAGAAGAUCCAUAUGAUUUAAACGCCCAUUCGCAACUGCAACCUUCUGCAUUCAAAGUGUCUGGUAGCGGGCCUGCAGGCGCACGUAACAGUUCGAGAAGAAAUGCUUCAUCUAGUCCAUUUAUCCCCAAAAAAAGAAAGCCUAGACCAUGA